AAGGCUGUGAACGCAGGAACAGGAAAUGAUGUCAAAGAACUAAUUUGUGCUUACAUUUGGAGAUCAGCCAAGAAGCAGAGAGGUGUGUAUGUCAGAUAGUGUUCAACGCUGUGUGGGUGCUAUGGUGUGUGACGUCUGUGUCGUAUUGCGUACACAGUGAUUACGUAUCGUGGAGCGUAGUAUGAAACUGUCGAAUUACGUUGUGCGCUUUUAACUUUGUGAACUCCGUGCAUUUAAUUUAAAGGUCGUUGUGGAGGGGCAGCCCACAGCCCCGGGACUCCCCCGGUCUCCCACGGCGCCCGCGCGCUCGCAGCACGCGCCGUCCGGCAGUCCGGACAUGGACGACCCUUCCAGCAAAAGGCAGGCCACCAGAGUUUUCAAGAAGAGUUCGCCGAAUGGGAAGAUUACUGUAUAUUUGGGAAAAAGGGAUUUUGUUGAUCAUAUAACACACGUGGAUCCCAUAGAUGGAGUGGUACUUAUCGACCCAGAUUACGUUAAAGACCGGAAGGUGUUUGGUCAUGUUCUUGCUGCUUUUCGGUAUGGUCGUGAGGAUCUGGAUGUCCUAGGACUUACUUUCAGGAAAGAUUUGUACCUUGCAUCAGAACAGAUUUAUCCCCAGGAUAGCAGCACAUCAAAGAGGCCACUUACAAGACUGCAGGAGCGUUUAAUCAAGAAACUAGGACCAAAUGCAUAUCCAUUUUAUUUUGAACUACCUCCCCACUGUCCUGCUUCAGUAACUCUCCAACCAGCUCCAGGUGAUACAGGAAAACCUUGUGGUGUGGACUAUGAACUGAAAGCUUUUGUCGGAGAGUCUCAAGAUGAUAAGCCACAUAAGCGGAAUUCAGUACGGCUCGCCAUUCGGAAGAUCAUGUACGCACCAAGCAAACAGGGUGAACAACCAUCUGUAGAAGUUAGUAAAGAAUUUAUGAUGAGCCCAAAUAAACUGCACUUAGAAGCAUCAUUGGACAAAGAGUUAUAUCAUCAUGGAGAAAACAUAGCCGUGAAUGUUCAUAUAGCCAACAACUCAAAUAGAACAGUCAAGAAAAUAAAGGUUUCAGUGCGGCAGUUUGCAGAUAUCUGUCUAUUUUCAACGGCACAGUACAAAUGCACUGUAGCAGAAGCAGAAAGCGAAGAGGGCUGUCCCAUCGGACCAGGGUUCACCUUGAGCAAAGUGUUUGUGCUGACGCCCCUCCUAGCCAAUAACAAGGACAAGUGGGGCUUAGCUCUUGACGGACAGUUAAAACAUGAAGACACGAAUCUUGCCUCCAGCACUUUAGUUGCAGAUCCUUCCCAAAGAGAGAAUCUUGGAAUAAUUGUGCAGUACAAGGUCAAAGUGAAGCUCUGUCUGGGUGCACUUGGAGGAGACUUGAUUGCCGAGCUGCCGUUUAUUCUGAUGCAUCCUAAACCUGAAGAAGAGCCAGCACCAUCUACAGCUCGGCCAUCUCCAUCACAUGCAGUAAAGGAAGGUGGUGAAGAUGUUGUGCCUGUUGACACAAACCUUAUCCAACUUGAUACGGAAGGAAUAUGCCCUGAUCAAGAUGAUGAUAUAAUCUUUGAAGAUUUUGCAAGACUGCGAUUGAAAGGUGCAGAAACAGAUGCUUAAAAAUGGUCAUCGUUGGAAAAAAAAACACUUUGCUUCUUCAUUGUGCACAGAAAUUACUUUGUGUGGAGUAAUAAGUGACACUGCAAUAAUCACAGCAGUGAAUCCUUUUAACUUGAAGGUUGCAACUCCCAUUUGAAGCUCUGGGGUUUAACUUGUAAUUUAUAUGCUUCUUGAGGUAACCAGAGGUUUCAGACAAUAGAGGAAGUGAUAAUGGCAUACGUGUAAGGCGGGGUGGCAUUUUCUGGUGUUAAGUGAUUAGUACUGAAUAACAACAUAGCCAUUUUCAUUUUGAUAUUUUUUGUAUUGUAUAGUAAUACAACACUCACUUUACCGUAUUCUACUGUUACCUUAUAUUGCUACACAUUAUUUUAGUUACAUGUCAUCAGUCUGAGCAUUUUAAUUGGUAUUUUUAGUGAACACUCUCACUCACUCACUCACUCACUCACUCACAUGUUGACCUAGUCAGGAGAUAAGGACUGUAAGAUACUUGCCGUUUGUACAGUUUUUAACCAUAGACAAGAUUCUGUUGUUGUUUCUUAUCCUGUAGGUAAAGACUUAAUUUAAAAUGGAAUAAUGAUCCAGUUGCUUAUAGCCUGCAAUCCUGCAAUAAUGUAAUACCUUGUUUGCCUGUGCACAUAGGCCAGUACAUGAUAGUCUGUAGAGAUGAUUGUGUAUUGCUAUAGAUUGUGUUCCUCUUUAAUCCAGUCACCAGAAAUCAAUUUCUUUUUGUUAUUGUAUGUACUUUUGAGUGUAAAAGAAACUGUAGAAAUGUUUAUCAGUUGUUAUUGAAUAUUGGUUCCUUAAAUUUUGCCAUGAGAAAACCAUUUAAUGUAGUAUUUAGCGAUAUUAUCUUUUUUCCAAAAACUAAAGAAAAAAAAACCCUCACUCACAUGCACAAGCUUAUGUUACACUGUAAUAGUGUAGCCCCACCAUGGUGUGAGGAAGUGUUUACUUUAAAGAAUAUUUGUGACUUCUAUAAAAAAAAGCUUAUUUUUCAUCUGGAAAAUGUUGUUUUUCGUGGUCAGCUCUCUUGGUUGAGGCACAAAAAUUCUCUCUCCCAGUUGGCAUAUUUGUAUGUUUCCUAAAUUUUAUAUCUCAGUAAAUAUCUUAAUUAAUCACAUUCUUUGUGGGAUGUCACUUUUUUCCUGUAAUAUUUAUUUGACUCUCCUGUUCGAUACAUUUUAGUGCAUUUCUUCUGGAACUAUGUAUAGCAGUCCAUAAUCUCACAAAAAUUAUAUUAUUUGUUCUACGACGACGACGAUGACGAUGAUGAUGAUGAACUUUGACUCUAUUACGUCAUUAUAUUGUUGCCUUUUCAUACAUGGAAACAACAAGUAAGUGCACAAAACUAGGUCAGAUAGGUGUGGCACGAAAAUUAUGCCAUUUUUGGCUGGUCAUUCAAAGUCAAUGGACAAUGUUGGCAACAAUCAUCCUCAUUCCCAGAGUUUUUUAAAAUUCACUGACCGGAGCCCCAACACAGUCUAGUUAAUGCUGUCUUAUUUUCAGUGGUCAGUCAUUGUUUAUCGAGAAAAUUAACAAACUGAAUCAAUGUUUCUGUCUCUUUUUGGUAGUUAACAAAUUUCCAGAACAUGACUUGUCAUCCAUUAACAUGUAAACAUUUGUGACUUGUGAAAACAAUAUGCUCAUCAGUCUUUACCAAAGUGUCAUCCUUGUGGACUGCUUUCACCAUAACAGUGCUGCAACAUUUUUGCUGAACAGAAAAAAAUGUAACCAUUUAUACAUUGUUCAUGUAAAUGUAACUCCUAAAAAAAAAAAAAGAGAUAAGAGUAAGCCAACUGCAACUGAGAAAAUCCUUUAAGUGCAGAUAAAAGCUUCCAGGGUCAUCACAGGCAAUACUAAACUCUCAAAUUAAUGUAUUAUAAACAUCCCUCUGUGCCAUGACAGGGUUUCAUUGGAGACCUGUGGAUAUCUGUUGAUAACAUGUGAAAUAGCUUCUGAUUUGAAACAAAGAAAAACCAAUUGCUCAGUGAGGUUUCGUUUUAUUAAAGAAAAAAAAAGGAAAAAAAAUAAUAUAAUCCAUUGUGGUUAAUGUUUUUACCAUGACUGGGUUACAUUUGUAAAUCGUACAAGGAGAGACUUCACACUCCGUGAUCAACUUAGAAUGCUUUGGAAAAAAAUGGUUUCUACUACAGUAUGAGAGAGUGUGAAAUUAGUUCUAGUUGUAUACAUUGAAAUAUGAGCACAGUGUUAUGUAAUAUUUGUAGCACAAACACCAUGGAAACUUCGUAUAUAUGGAAUGUAGAAGUAGUUUCACACAAAAAGUGAUACACUGUGAGGCUAUCAAAGAAAAGUAGGCUGUACUUCGUUCCACUGUUUUAGACUAAUUGUCUUGAGGUUUGCAGUUCCCCCCCCCCCUCCCCCCCUCCCCCAGAUGUAUGCCACUAAGCCUUCCCCAUCCCCUCCUACUGUUUAAGAUGGUUGUUCCUGGAAGUCCCACUAGCCUAUUCCUUACCCUUGGUAGGAAUUUUUUGAUAUAUUCUUUUCGCUCAUACGCUGUCUACUACAUGUUCAUUUUAUGUGAUCACAUAUCAAAUGCUUUGUUUCUUUUUUGCUGGUUAUCAUCUGGCUGACUGUCUAUUUGUGCAGUAAUUCUCCUAUGUCUCCCUCCCUAUUCUAAUAGUCAAUUUAUCUUGAAUCUCUUUCAUUGGUUAGUUGCAAUCCUACACUGCUGAAAAUUUUUCUAAGUUCACAAAUACAAUGCUGUGAAAGUGUCCGGACUUUUCUGUUUCUUUGCUGAAAGCAAGGAUGCAGCUGGCAGCAUAGAGGUUUAGCAUUCAUUUAUUGGAGGUGGUGGUGGCAGGGGGGGGGGGGGGGGGAGGCUAAAUUCUUAUAUGCCAUUAUGUAGCUGUCUUAAAUUGCAUAAGGUGAAUCUUGAGAUGGUUUCAUCUUCUCUAUACUUGCUCUAUCUCAGCUUGUGUUCAGUUUCUAAUGACCACCUUGUUGACAGGAUGUUAAAUCUGAAAACUUAGUUCCUUUCUCUUUUUCGUCAUCCUCUUUUAGGCCUCCUUCCAUUACUAAGCAUAGUGUCAAAAUUGCUCUGCUAGGCCCUUUAGAAUUCGAACUAACUUUGCCCACCACAUUUAUAAUUUCCCUCUCAAUUUUUCUACCUAUGCCCAUGUUCAGCAGUUUGAAAGUAUCAUGUCAGACUGACCAUGUGCUAAAUAAAACAGAAAGAAACUUCCACAUGGGAAAAAUAUAUUAAAAACAGAGAUUCCAAGACUUACCAAGCGGGAAAGUGCCGGCAGACAGGCAC